AUGGCCCAAUAUUCGGCGGCAGAACCUUCCACAAAAUCACCAGAAGCUACAUUGAACGGCCCCAAUAUUGCGAACGAAUCGCUACGAGUAUUCGCGGGAGAGUUGUCGAGCUUCAAUCAAAACCACAACAGUCAACAUACAUUGAAAAGCUCUGCCACCUCACCUGUGACUAAAGAAGGCCUUAACAAACUUGAAUUUAACCAAAAUGAGGAUGAAGAUAGACUCUCUACCGUCGAACUGUUCCAAGGUUGCAUUCCCCUUCGUCUGUUCCUCAUUGUGAUGGUGGCCACUUUGAUUGUGAUAAGCUGCUUUUUCAUUUGGGUCAGCACCUUUGUUGUUUCAAAACAUGCAAUUGAAAGUUUGGCAAAUAAUGUGAUUGGAGUGAACAAUCAAAAGAUUUUAUCAUAUUUGGAUGCAAUGAUCAAUCCAUUGGGAAAAAUGUCAAAAGCAAUGGCAGCUGAUUUCAAUUAUGGAAUUGCGAAUGUCGAAAAUUUUCGACAAUAUCUCUUUCCGAAAUAUUAUUUCUUGGGAGCAACAAGUUGUGGAUACUUUUUUGGAUAUCCUUCUGCGAAAUAUACUUAUUCCAUCACAGGAGUUGGAAGUAAGGCAUAUUUGGUUUAUUCAUAUCAACCUCCUGGAUUCAUUGGAACGAUUCGAGACACUGUGAACAACAAAACAGGAGCAGUAAUCAAAGUGAACAGUACCAUUGAUUAUACACCUUUCUUUUCAGCUCAACAAGAUUAUUACAAUUCAACAAUUGAUUUAAGUUCAAAGUUGGGAAUUGAAGGAGUUUAUGGAUCUCCUUACAAAGCAUUGAAUUCAAGUAUGGCUAUUUAUCAUUCUUCAGUGGUUUAUGAUCCAAUUUUAUUUUCAUCGACAGGAAUGAAAAAAGCGGUUGGAGUGACUCGAAUUAACAUGUCUUUGGGUGCAAUUGUUUCAUAUUUGAGCAAAAUUGUGUUGAUUGGAAGAGGAUAUUGUUUAGUUUCUCAAACCAAUGGAAUGAUGAUUGGAGGCAGCAUUAACACUCUUGCAGGAGAUGGAGAAACGAAUUUACACUUGUUCAAUGUUACUGAUAGAAAUGACGUCUAUCUGAUUGUCUUUGAGGAUGAUAUUUUGCAAUCCGUUAUUGUAACCUCUGGCAUUUCAGUAGGAGUGUUUGUGGGCGUCAUACUCCUGGGCCUCCUAGUAAGCAUUGUUUUAGGAUCGAUCCUCGCAAGACCUUUGAAACAACUCGAAGAGCAAUUCUCCUUAAUGAAAGUACUAAUUUUGGACAAUGUGAAAUUAUCAAGCUCAGUAUUCAAAGAAAUCCAAAAUAUUUUCAAUAGUUUGGAAGAAAUGCUCCUUUGGUUACAAGAAAUCAAAACAUUCAUUCCGGAUCAUGUCUUGGAAGAUAUUCAAAGUAGUGAUCCCAAAAUGUGUUGUUCCCCUCCACUCUUAACAAGUCGUCAGCAUGCAUCUAUGAGAUCGAGCGUCACAAAGAAUUCUGUCUCGUCGUGUCAAUCGGCAGGAAGAGAGUCCAGCACAAGCAAAAGACCCAAAUUCUUGCGAGCAUUAAGCAAAACGAGCGGAGUGGGGUCAAGUUUUGAUUUUGUCGAAUCGGCAUCAGAGAAGGCAGAAUUGUUUACAGAAGCUCUCUCUACGAUUACUCCACUGAUUAAGAUUUACAAAGCUUCUCUUCAGAUAUUAACGAAUUUUGAAUUUCAAAUUUAUUUCACUGGUAAUCUUAACGAUGAUGAAUACAAAGUUCCAAUUAAGGGCAUUGAAUGUGCUUUGAAAAUAGUCAAAUCUCUCGAGUUAAUGAAUGCCAUCAAGUACAUGACACGAAUUGGAGUGAGUGUAAGUGAGGCACAAGUUGGUAAUAUAGGAAACGGAACCAAAGGUGCCAGAUAUUUCGCAACUGUUGGUUCCUGCGUGAGAGAUGCCACCACCAUGGCAACACUUGCACGGCUUUUCAAUCUUUCCAUUGUAACAGACUCUUCGUGCUUUGAUGGAACUCUUUCGAAUGAAAAAUUCAUUGCAAGACCCAUUGAUCGAUUUAGGAAACAUAAAUCUUCUGAAAUUGAAACCUUGUGGACCGUAAUAGAUGAGAAGAUUCUCGAACAUUCUGAAUGGCUCCUUCAUUGUUGA